AUGGAUGCCACUGAAGGGACCUAUGAGGUCGAAGAUAUCGUGGAUGAGCGUAUUGGCGAAGACGGACGUGAGGAGUUCCGAGUAAGGUGGAAAACAUAUGGUGAAGACGAUGAUACUUGGGAACCUAUUGAGAACCUUGAUGACUUCUGUACACAGAUGAUUGAAGCAAUGCGGUUGAAGAAAAAGAAUUUACAGGAAAAUGCUGAGCCAUUGCUCCCUAUCCUUGAAAUUAAGAGUGAAAUUCCAGAAACUGCACAAACGGUUUUAAUUUUUUGUCAUAGUUCUAAAUAA